AUGACGAGUUUAAUGCCACCAAACAGCACGCAGGAGACGAGUAUCAAUGCAGGAAAGCUCAUUGAACAAGCCAUCAACCGCGACCAAGAUUGUCCAGACUUGGCCACCUUGCUGAACGGGUCUCCUGUUGAAUCUUAUAUCGAGCCUUUACUUGCUCCAGAAGAAGAGAUUGUGCGAACAAAUCGAGUGCCUAUUCCCAAGAGGUUCAUCAACAGAAUUGUCGACUCGCAAACACAGUGUCGCUGUUUUAUGGGCUUGCUGCCUGAAAUCAACCGAGCUUGGCUAACAAUUGAUUGCAAUUUAUACAUUUGGAACUUGAACGAUGAAAACGAUUAUUACGAGUAUUCAGACCAAGACCAAAUCAUUGUCAGAGCCGAACUCGUCAAGCCUAAACCAGAUGUCUUUGGUGACCAUAUCAAAUAUGUCUUGGUCAUUUCCACACCAUUGCAAGUCAUUCUUUUGGCUGUGUCCACCGCGCAGGCACAAUCAAACACCAAUUCGGAUACAAUCUCUUUAUUCGCUACCAACAUGGCCAUGCCAGCAGACGAUGAACAGAUGGAGCAGAUUGGAGGCACAGACGAUGGCAGAAUCUUCACUAUAGGCAAAAGUGGAAAUGUCUACGAAAUUGAAUAUCAUAAUCCAAUGAAAUGGCUUUCAAGGGGAUGCAAACUCAUCAAGAGAUCAGAAUCCUCUUUCAUGGAGUAUAUCCUGCCACAGCUUCGCAACUAUAUGAACUCCCCAUCUGAAGCACGUUCCUUUGUCAUUGACAAUGAGCGAAAGGUGCUUUAUAUCUUGUACAAGAAGACCGAUGCUAUUGAAGUGGUUUACCUGGGAAACCCAUUCAACAACUACAAGUCAAUCUGCACACUGUCCACCAUCAAAGAGAACGCCAUUAAAAUAUGUCGCCAAUUUAACCGCAUCCCCAACUCGUCUGAUCUCAAUAUUGAGACACUGCAUGUCAUUUCCAAAGCUGAAUCCAAGCACAUUCAUUUGAUGGCUAUCACCACCACUGGAUACCGUUUAUACUUUUCACAUCACAAAGACUCGUUCCGUGUGAUUGGAAGCAGCAACAGCCAGUUACCCCUUGAACCAAACGCACUAGAAUUAGGACAUGUUCGCUUUCCUCCACCUACGUUGACGAGAAAUAUUGGUGAAUUAGCACCCACCUACUUUCAGACUUAUUACGAUUGCGGUAUCAGUGUCUCUGUCAUUCCCAAGACGGAGGAUUCUAGCACGCUCCGCAUUACUUCAGUGACAUCGGCUAAGGCUGCUACAACACCGACGUUGCCAUCAACAAUAGUACCUGCUACAUUUACACAGCCAGCGAGACCCACUUACACCGAGACAGACAUUGCACUUGAACUGGAUGAACGAGUGCUUGCAGUGACAGAGACAAACCAGCAUCUUGUAGGUCGACACUAUAUCAAGGAAAACUCUCAGCAAUUAGCAUCCCCUCCUCGACAGUUCAUGGCUCUUUCCACACUCUCGGUCCUCUUUUUCAACAAGCUGAGACCUGUAGAUAUCCUAUACAAAAUAUUCAUCAAGACACGAGAGGAGCCAGACACAAAAUUGAUACAGUCCUUCUUUGAGAGAUAUGGUCAAGUAGAGUCAUGCGCCAUGUGCCUGUCCAUUGCGUGUGCUAGUGAUGAAAGGGAUAUUGAAAUGAAGGCCAAUGACACCUUUUUUGCUUAUGGUGGUUUGCCUACGUCGACGCUACCAACGCAAAUUCCUGGUAACCAUCUAGGACGUGCUAUUGGUCAAACAGAUGUCGCCUACAGCGGAAAGCACGAUGGAUUUGUGCUUUAUUUUGCUAGGAUUAUAUCGCCUGUGUGGAAAUUGAAGGCAUUUGCUAACCAUGGCAAUGACAUGAAUGCACAUCUCAUCUAUACUCAAACACAGAGCACGUUAUCAAACACCAAAGAGAACCUCUAUCAAUUAAAAAGGUUUAUGGACCGCAACCCUAAAUUCCACAAUGCUGCAAGCAUCUCAGAUCCUAGACUUCAAGCUGUUGAUAGCAAUAGUGUUUCCUUAGAACUGGCUGAGCAAAAAUCAGCAACCGAGUUAUACCUGAUGCUCAUUCAAUGCAUCGAGGCUUUGUCCUUUAUAGAAUUCCUGUUUGAUUCGCAAGUACAGCACAUCAUCGCCGAGUACUUACAUAACGAACAUCAAACAAAGAUCUAUAAUUUGGACAUCAGUGCAAUUCUCACAACAACAGAGGGCCGAGAAUUAACGCGCGAGCUGGUGAUUGCUGCCAUUACGAAAUACGGAUCCAGUUACUCUCAGGGUGGUUUUGAUUUUGUGAGCAAGCAUCUAGAAAGAUUCUGCAGCUCCUUUUUUGGUCCCAAUGACAUUUCCUUCUUCAAGGGUAUUGAAUAUCUUCGACGAGCCAUGCAUGAGGAAACAGAUGUGGAACGAGUGAAAUCUUUGCAAAACUCAUUAUACAGCUUUAAAGACGCGGCUGCCUGCAUCUCUGAUGCAAAAUUAGGGUCCAUCUGUCUCAUCUACAUUGAAUGCUCCUUCCACACUGGUGUUCUGGAGCUCGCUUUGGAACGGGCUAAACAGAUAGAUCCCCAAAACAAGGGCCUGGCCGCAUUUGAAUCUGUUGCAUCCCUGAAUGAAAUCGCAGACAAGUUGUUGAAAGCUCGUUUGGACACUUACAAACACAUCUUCAAUGCACUGGAAGAUGCUAUGCAGUUGCAAGCGAAGGGAGUCCCUGAGAAUCGCAUCCCCAUUGCCAGUCGAUACUUGUCUGGCUACGUCUCCAAAGUGUUUGAUAACGCCAUGGCCAGCAACGACAAACUAUUCCACUAUCAACUGUACAACUGGUUCUUGUCUCAUGGACUUGAAAGCAAACUUUUGGAAUACGAAACACCCUACUUGAUACCAUACUUUGAACAAUACAUCCCUGAUCGAGAGAAAUCGCUUGGCUUCAUGUACCAAUUCUACAGACAAAAACAUCAGUAUGCAGACGCGUUCAAUUGUCUGUGCAAACUGGCCACACUACCCUCUCAAGUUUUGAACUUGGAUAAACGCAUUGAACUCUUGUCGCAAGCACAAAUCAAUGCUCAAUGUGGAAACCUGGAUGUUGAAGCUAAAGACUUUGUAAAUGGCUUGAUCAAGGUGGCUGGUAUGCAGGGCCGCAUCAAGGCCAUUUUGGAAGGCAAUACAGAUAAUGUGGAAGCACGACAAGCCGUGCGUGAGUUGGAUUCUCGUCUAUAUACACAAGAACAGUUGGGGAAACUCUUUAUUAGUCGCUUUCCUGUGGUGAAGGAUAUCCUUAGUAACUAG